AUGCCUUACUGUGUGGCUGUGCAGAUGAUGAAUCCCAGAACAGACAAAUCCACCAAAGAAAUGCCUGACUGCCAGGAGGAGAAUCUUAUCCCAGGACUUAGUGAGACUAGUGAUGUUCUAAAUGAAGAGAGGACAUGUCCUACAAGCCCACCUGAAGCAAUAGAAGUUACUGCUGGAUCAUCCACACUUACAUUACAAUGGAAGGAACCUGCAGUCAUUGAAGCUGGAGUCACAGUAGCAGAUUAUGUAGUUGAAUAUAAACAGGAUGUUGAUAAUGGACAACAGGGUUGGCUUGAAAAAAAAAUAGGAAAGAAAGAAGAAAAAUAUGUUAUUGAGGGACUUAUACCAAUGACACCUUACCUAAUUCGUGUGUCAGCUGAAUGUGGGAACGAUGGGCUCAGCCCUCCAAGUCAGGAAAUAAAGGUUUCAACACUAAAAGAGAAUAUUAAACAUGUACUCCUUAAGGAAAGUAAGUGUUUGUCAAAAGAUGGAAAACCUUCUGUAUAUCAGAUAUCAACAAAUCUAUGUGAAUUGGGUUAUCGACAAUACAGCUUAGGAAAAGUAAAUGAUCAUGUGCCAAAUAAAGUGAUAUUAUUAAUAGGUGCAACAGGUACAGGAAAGACAACACUGAUCAAUGGAAUGGCCAACUACAUCCUGGGAGUAGAUCGUGAAGACGACUUUAGAUAUAAACUUGUACAUGAGGAAACAGAUCAGUCUCAAGCUCACAGCCAAACCUCUCUGGUCACAGCGUAUCAGAUGAAUUAUGAAGAUGGAUACAACAUUCCCUUCACCCUCACCUUGAUAGACACUCCAGGUUUUGGAGACACUCGAGGUAUAGAACAUGACAAAAAGAUCACAGAAGCCAUCCAUGCAUUCUUUACAACUGACAGCAACAUUGACCAGAUUGAUGCCGUGUGCUUUGUAGUUCAGGCUUCUUUGGCUCGUUUAACACACACACAAAAAUAUAUUUUUAAUUCAGUGUUUUCUAUUUUUGGAAAGGAUAUCAAGGACAAUAUACUGAUUCUUAUAAAUUUCUCAGAUGGAGAGAGACCCCCAGUACUGGAGGCUAUAAAAACUGCUGACAUCCCCUACUCUAAGGACAGCAAUCGGGACCCUGUUCACUUCAAGUUUAAUAAUUCAGCUCUGUUUGCUAAUAAUCAGACAAGUAACAUGAGUUUUAAUCAGAUGUUCUGGGACAUGGGCAAACACAGUAUGAAAACAUUCUUUACAUCAUUAGAGCAAAUGCAGACUAAAAGUCUUAAACUGACUAAGGAAGUUCUUAAAGAAAGGAAGGAGCUUGAGGUCACCCUACAGGCUUUACACCCACAGAUCAAGGCUGGGCUUGUAAAACUGGAUGAAAUCAGGAAAAUAAAGGUAGCCUUACAGCAGAACAGAGAUCUAAUGGAAGCCAAUAAGAAUUUUGAGUUUGAGGUAACAGUAACUAUACCAGUAAAGGAAGACAUAACUGGUAAUUUUAUAACUAACUGCCAGCAAUGUCACUUCACCUGUCACUAUCCUUGUAUGAUUGCUGAUGACAGCCAGAAACAUGGAUGUGCAGCUAUAACUAAUGGGAAAUGUAGAGUUUGUCCUAAUAAAUGUAUCUGGUCGGUUCAUUUUAACCAAAAGUAUAAGUGGAAUUAUGAGGAGAAAAAGGAGACAAGAAAUUAUGAAGAUAUAAAAAAGAAUUAUGAAAAAGCUUCUGGAGAGGUCAUGACAGCAGAAAAUGUAUUUUCAGAGCUACAUAAUGACUAUUGUGGUGUGAGACAAGCGGUGCUGAAUCUGAUAAAUAAAUCUUCACAGAGCCUGAAACGUCUCCGUGAAAUUGCCUUGAGACCUGAUCCAAUGAAAACCACAGAAUACAUUGACCUGAUGAUAAAGUCUGAGCAGCAGGAAGCUAAACCAGGUCAUCAGGAAAGGAUCCAGUCUCUGAGUGAUGUCAGAGAGACAGCCAAGAUAAUAGAGAAGAUUGAGAGAGGUGAACAAUUACUGCCAGAGGAAGAGGAACAUCACAAUAAAAGUAAACGGCGACAAUUUAGCAAUAAUUGCAAAAUUGCAUAGACUUGUUCAAACCUUUAUUUAAAUAAAAUCAGAUCAAUGAAAGUCAUUAUUUCAGGAGCUACAUUAAUUGUGCCCCCUAGGUAUAAAGAAACUGAUAACCGGGGGUAUAAAAUGUAUAUAGCUUUACCGCAAGCAUUUUAGUCUGUAACACAAGGUCCAUUCCGCAAUCAAAAAAUUACGUUUGAGUGCAGGAUUUUCCAUAGCGCCAUAUUACGAGUUGUGCAGUGAGGCUAAAAUGCUUGCGUUACAGCCUAUACCAAAACGAUUCAUUCCGAAAUCUGAAAGCAGUAGUUAUGGAUUUUGCAAAACAAAAAUGUUUCACAAAACUCAUAACUAAAAUGUUACAAAGUACACAAACACCCAUAAACUACCUAUUAACCCCUAAACCGCCGCCCUCCGGCAUUGCAAACACUAUAUUAAAGUUAUUAACCCCUAAUCUGCUGCCAACCCACAUCACAACUAUUAAAUAAACCUAUAACCCGUAAUCCGCCGGCCCUCCACAUUGCCAACACUAUAAUAAAGUAUUAACCCCUAAACCCUCAGCCCCCCACAUUGUAACUAAUAAAUUAAACCUAUUAACCCCUAAACCGCAGGCCCUCCACAUCGCAAAACCCUAAAUUAAACUAUUAACCCCUAAACCUAA